CUGACGGGCUGCAGACGGGUAACGACGGGCUGCAGACGUGCCACGACGGGCUGCAGACGUGCCACGACGGGCUGCAGACGUGCCACGACGGGCCUGCACCAGCGCACGUCCAGCAGCUUUAGUAUACCAGACAUGGCUCCGACUGCGGCCCCCCCCAAAAAAAGCACGACGGAGACCGACGCCUGCAGAGAUCCCUUCCAGAACUCUCUAGGACGGUGAGAAGACGAGCAGAACCAUGGCACCAGCGGGAACCAAGAAGGGUAUCCUGGAGCGUUUGAACGCGGGCGAGGUCGUCAUCGGAGACGGCGGCUUCGUCUUCGCCCUGGAGAAGAGAGGCUACGUCAAGGCGGGGCCCUGGACGCCCGAGGCCGCCGCCGAGCACCCGGAGGCGGUGCGGCAGCUGCACAGGGAGUUCCUGAGGGCGGGCUCCAACGUCAUGCAGACCUUCACCUUCUACGCCAGCGACGACAAGCUGCAGAACCGAGGACACACCCAGCGCUUCACGGGGCAGCAGAUCAACGAAGCGGCGUGCGACCUGGCGAGGGAGGUGGCCGACGAGGGCGACGCCCUGGUGGCGGGGGGCGUGUCCCAGACGCCCGCCUACCUGAGCUGCAAGAGCCAGGACGACGUCAAGGCCGCCUUCAAGAAGCAGCUGGACGUCUUCGUCCAGAAAAAUGUGGACUUCCUGAUCGCCGAGUACUUUGAGCAUGUGGAAGAGGCCGAGUGGGCGGUGCAAGUCCUGAAAACCACCGGCAAGCCCGUGGCCGCCACUCUGUGCAUUGGACCCGAGGGAGACCUGAACGGAGUCAGCCCAGGAGAGUGUGCUGUCCGACUGGUUAAAGCUGGAGCCGACAUUGUGGGCGUGAACUGCCACUUUGACCCGGUGACCUGCGUGAAGACGGUGAGGAUGAUGAAGGCGGGCGUGGAGAAGGCGGGCCUGAAGGCGCACUACAUGAGCCAGCCGCUGGCCUACCACACCCCCGACUGCAGCCGGCAGGGAUUCAUCGACCUCCCCGAGUUCCCUUUCAGUCUGGAGCCCAGGAUCCUGACCAGGUGGGACAUGCAGAACUACGCGCGGGAGGCGUACGCCGCGGGGAUCCGCUACAUCGGCGGCUGCUGUGGCUUCGAGCCUUACCACGUCCGCGCCCUGGCCGAGGAGCUGGCGCCCGAGAGGGGCUUCCUGCCGGCCGCCUCGGACAAGCACGGCCCGUGGGGGAGCGGUCUGGAGAUGCACACCAAGCCCUGGUGCCGGGCCAGGGCCCGCCGGGACUACUGGGAGAAGCUGAAGCCGGCGUCGGGCCGGCCCCUGUGUCCCUCCCUGUCCACGCCUGACGGCUGGGGGGUCACCAAGGGCCAUGCCGACCUCAUGCAGCAGGCGGAAGCCACCAGCCGGGACCAGCUCAAGGCUCUCUUUGAGAAGGCCGACAAAGGCCAGUAAGAUGGCGGCGUGCUCGCGCAUUUCCUCCAAGUUUGUCUUUUUUCUAAGGUUUGUUCCACCGCGUCAAGGUGUGUCACACAAAUAAAGCGCAUACAAGACCGUUCCAGAGUGCUGUGCACAGUCUUGGGU